AUGGGAACCCUCGGAAGAGCCAUAUACACCGUCGGCUCAUGGAUUCGAGGAACCGGACAGGCCAUUGAUCGCCUCGGUUCCCGCUUCCACGGCGGCUAUCACAUCGAAGAACAGCUGUCUAGACAUAGAACUCUGCUGAACAUAUUUGACAAGGCUCCUGUUCUUGAUAAGGAUGUGUUUGUUGCACCGAGUGCCGCCGUUAUUGGAGAUGUGCAGAUUGGAAAGGGGUCGUCGAUUUGGUAUGGAUCUGUAUUGAGAGGUGAUGUUAACAGCAUCAGAGUUGGAAGUGGAACUAACAUACAGGAUAACUCCCUGGUGCAUGUUGCAAAGUUAAACGUAAGUGAGAAGGCGUUGCCUACUAUAAUCGGGGAUAAUGUUACCGUAGGUCAUAGUGCUGUUUUACAUGGCUGUACUGUUGAGGAUGACGCUUUUGUUGGUAUGGGUGCAAUUCUACUCGAUGGUGUAGUUGUUGAGAAAAAUGCCAUGGUUGCUGCUGGAGCCCUUGUGAAGCAGAAUACAAAGAUUCCAUCUGGCGAGGUUUGGGCAGGCAAUCCAGCUAAGUUUCUGAGAAAGGUCACCGAUGAAGAGAAAGCUUUUAUCUCCCAGUCAGCCACCAAUUAUACUAACCUUGCACAGGUCCAUGCAGCUGAAAAUUCUAAGUCCUACGAUGAAAUUGCGUUUGAGAAGGUGCUGCGUAAGAAGUAUGCAACGAAAGAUGAGGAAUAUGACUCUAUGUUGGGUGUUGUUCGUGAGAUCCCACCAGAACUUAUUCUUCCUGAUAAUAUCUUGCCUGAUAAAGCAAACAAAGCUCUUCAAAAUUGA